AUGGCGGCGGCGGCGGCGCCCGUGCGCGCGUGGGUGGUGGUGCUGGUGCUGGUGCUGGCGUGCGCGCUGCUCCAGCUGCAGCCGUCCGACGCCGCGGCGCCCGUUCCGCAGGCGGCGGCGGCGGUGUCAUCGGGCGCCGCGAAGGACAAGUGCGUGGCCGGCGCCAAGAACGACAAGGCGUGCCGCGUCGGCGCCGUGCACGACCCGGAGAACCAGGAGGAGGAAGGGUCCAGCGUGACGCUCAAGGCGCCCGCCGCCGCGCCCGACAGCGAAGACGACGGCAGCGACUACAACGACCCCGACGAGCCCAACGACGGCCAGCUCGUCGUCGUCGGCCACUGA